AUGGUAGCUGAAAAUCAUUAUUUACAUAUCAGCGAACUGACAAGUUAUCAGAAGGACAAAAUUGAGGAGUUACGCAGUAAAUCUGCCGAUAUUCUUUCAUUGUGAGUUUUUUCGAUUUUUUAUCUAAAAAACUAUUGUUGCGAACUUUUUAUCAAAUGUUCACCGUUUAUGAUUUUUAUGGUUUUUCCGUACCCGGAUUUUUCGAAUAAACACUUUGAAUUUCCAAUAAAUAAAAUCUGAAAACUGCAACAUUUUGUUAUCAAGACAUAAAUCUAAAAAUUGAAUAUCAGAACAUAAAAUUUUUAUCAAUCUGAAAAUUAUCAAACUUUUUCAGGUACCCAGAAUAUGAUACCGAUUUUUCGCUUCUUCGUUGGUUGAUGGGAUGGGACUACAAAAUUGACACAAUCAUUCCAAAAUUAAGAUAUGCAAUUGAGAUUUUGACAAAUCUGGGAUUGCACAAAAUGAAAGCACAGUCAUGUGAAGAAAUCAAUAAAAUGAUCAAAUCAAAAUCUACAGUUGCUGAAUAUUUUCCAGGGGGAUUGAUGGGUCAAAGUCGACGGGGUGAUGUCAUUUAUAUGCAAGCUAUGGCGAUGGCUCAUCCAAAAACAUUGAUUAAAUCAGGAACCACUUCGGAAUUGUAUCAAUUGUGUGUGGUUGAAACAGAGAUGUCAUUUAAACUUGUGAGGUUGGUUUUUUGGAAAAGUGUUAGAUAUUUGUUUAAAACAUUUGUGUCAGAGUUGAAAAUACCUCUAUUUGAAACUCUGAACUGAUGAUAUUUCAGAGAAGCAGAGAAGAACACUGGAAACAAACUAGGAGUGAUAAUUUGUAUGGAUUUGGAAGGUUUCAGUAUGGAUUUGUUAUACACCCCAACUCUCAAAGUCUAUAUGAAUCUUCUUACAAUGCUCCAAAAUAUUUUCCCAGAUUUCGCACGUAAAAUUUAUAUUCUUAAUUGUCCAUUGAUGAUGUCUACUGUAUAUCAGAUGAUUUCUCCAGUUUUGUCAGAACAGACCAGGGAAAAGGUGAGUUUUCUCUUCAAAUUUAGUUCAGAAUUGAAAAAAAAUUGAUUUCAGGUCAAAUUUUUGGACAAGGACUGGAAAAAACAUUUGAUCGAAGAUGUUGGUGAAGAAAAUCUUUAUCCAAAAUGGGGAGGAACCAAAAAACUGGGUGAAAAAGAUACUGGAGAUAUUCGAAUGGGCGGAAAAGUUCCGGAAAAAUUAUGGUAUUUUUUUGAAACGUUUCACAUUUUAUGACGACCUUUUCAGGUACGCUGAUAAUCAUAGAUUGGAAGGUGAAAGAACCAAAGUGUCAGUUGGAGCAAGAUCAAAAACAGAAGUCUGUGAUUAUUUUUUUUUCUCUGAUAAGGCUACAUUUUCAUAAUUUUUUGUAGAUUAAAGUUUAUGGAGAAGCUGGAAAGAAAUUCUAUUGGUUAUGGCGUGUGAGCAGUGGUGAUCUUGAUUUCAGCAUUGAAAAAGAUGGAAGAGUCGUAAGUUUCUACUUUUUUUCUGAAUUCAGAAAUCUUAUUGUUCUAUUCCCAAUUUUUUUUAGAAUUCUUAACAAAAAAACAGUCACAAGCUUGUUAGUCAAGUUUCUUGUUUGUCUUGAAUUAUAUAAUCAACAUAAAAUUUAUGCGAUUACCCAAUAAGAAAAAGAAUAUCAAGAAAGAAACAGAAAACAAAAAUAUUCAGGUUUGGCCAGUUUUUCGUUGUAUGACCGAAUUUUAUCCCGAAGUUGGACAUUUUGAAUGCGAAGAGAGCGGCGACUAUGUGUUCGUUUUCGAUAAUUCGCACGGCAAACUAUUCGGAAAAGAUGUCAAAUAUAAAAUUGUUCUUGAAAAAUAA